AUGGGAUUUGGGGCUGUCAAGUCCACUCUUGGUGGUCUCACUUCUAAAGUCCUCCUUGUUGGAAUGAAGAGGACCUCGGUGAAGUUGGAUAUUUACAGGAAGUUCUCAAAUGCUCUUGCUGUUUUGGUUGCUUGCCUGAUAAUUUUCUCCCUGAAGGUGUAUUUCAAAGCAACAGACCCUUCCAUUGAACGAUGGCAGACUGCUUGGACUGUAUCUGCUCCCUGGGAUGUUAUUGCAAUUGUUUUGUUGUGUAUUAAUUAUUUGCUAUCUCUGGAGCCGUCGCAGAACUCUCAAAGUCGUGUCAACACUGUCCUGACGCGGAAGUCUCUCUCUUUUGCUGUCUUUUCUCUCAACACCACCAUUGCAGUCAGACAGGGAAGAGAGAGAGAGAGAGAGAGCUUCCUCUUCUCACCUAUUAUGCCUCCACCUCCUCCUUCAAGACCAAGUCUCAACGGCAACACCGGUCACCACCAUGUCCCACCUCCUCCUUCAAGACCCAGCCUCAACGGCAACACCGAUCAUCAUGUCCCUCCUCCUCCUUCUAGACCCAACCUCAACGGCAACACCACUCAUCAUAUCCCUCCUCCUCCUUCAAGACCCAGCCUCAACGGCAACACCAAUCACCAUAUCCCUCCUCCUUCUCACACAGCGAGACAUCAGCAACCCUAUUACCAUAGCCACUCCUCCUCCUCCUCAGCCUCUCUCAAAGGCUGCUGCUGCUGCCUCUUCCUCCUCUUCUCUUUCCUCGCACUCGUAGUCCUCGCUGUAGUCCUGAUCGUGAUACUAGCAGUAAAGCCAAAGAAACCACAGUUCGAUCUACAACAAGUGGCAGUAAUGAACAUGGGAAUCACCUCCGCGGAUAACCCCAACCCUAGCGUCUUAGAUCCAACCACAGCCUCCCUCUCCUUCACAAUCAGGAUGCUGUUCACCGCCGGGAACCCGAACAAAGUCGGGAUCAGGUACGGUGAGUCAAGCUUCACGGUGUUGUACAAAGGCUUGCCUCUAGGGAGAGCGACGGUGGCUGGAUUUUACCAGGAUGCGCAUAGUACGAGGAACGUGGAGGCAACGAUUGCUGUGGAUAGAGUUAAUCUUAUGCAAGGGAAUGCUGCGGAUCUAGUUAGAGACGCUUCGUUGAAUGAUCGUGUUGAGCUUACGGUUCGUGGAGAUGUUAGUGCUAAGAUCCGUGUGAUGAACUUCGAUUCCCCAGGCGUUCAGGUAUCGGUGAAUUGCGGGAUAGGCAUUAGUCCGAGGAAACAAGCUUUGAUUUACAAGCAAUGUGGUUUUGAUGGCCUUAGCGUCUGA